AUGCCUCGUAGGUGGUACCAGUCAAUCGCUCCUAUCCAGUUACAUGGACGACCGAGGUAUAAGAAAUACUUCCCAUGGCGCAUCUCGUUGUACGGGCAAGCCCCAUUGCUGCCAACUUUUAUGACAAGGGAUUUAGACCUUGUAAACUUGGUCUUAUCUUCCUCUUCUUCUAUUGAGAUCUCAUCCAUGCAACUGGAACCACUGCCGGAUCUCGCUCUCGCACAUCGUGGCAACAUGGAUCAUGAGAUAAAUGUGACAUUCGUACGAGAUGUGGGGCGUAGAUCAGGUCAAAGAGUCGUGGCUGAGCAGCGGGAGAUCGGCGGUGAUGCAUCGUAUUUUUUACAUAGUGUGUCGUAUUGGGUAGCUUUGCUUGCGGUGCACAAAACUCCGUAUUCUGGCAACACUUCCGGCUUGGCUUAUCAAAUCGGCUCAUCGCUCACAUCGCCAAGGAAGAAAUCCUCCGACAGGCGCCUUUCUUGCUUCUACACCGCCAAGGUUCCACCAUUCCAAAGCCAUGACCUGGGCAUCCUUGGCGAUGUUGACUCAGAAGUUACACUUUGUGCUACGGCUGUAGCGAUGACAGGACAAGAAAUCGGUGUCGGUUCUCCCGAGCAAGCAGGUCACUCCCUUGUUAUGAUGGAAAUGGCUAGCACUUCGUCCAACGACGCUGUCCGGCCGCUACUCAAACGGGAAUACGAACCGGAAAUCACAACAAGCCAGGCACCAGCAUCCUUUCGAACUGGCGGCCAACAUGGCAUCGUCACUCCGCAUUCUGCUAAUUUACCGUCGCGUCAUCACAUGUUGCUCGGCUUCUUCUCCUCUUCAAGCGUGAUGCUAUUACGCACUCAAUACUGCUGCCUAGCAGCGAAUAUGCAGAUGGCCCUGAUCAGAGAGGCUGGCGGACUUUUGGCGAGUGGCGUCGCUGUUCCUGGAGGCAGAGCUUACUCGCCGAGGCUCAGAGGAGGGAAAUCUGAUGAUUCGAUCUGA